AUGAACGAGUCAAACUCCACCACGGCUGCAUCUACUUCAUCUAUUGAAGAGUUUACUGGCCACAAUCACAAUGGAGGGGACAUUGAAAAGAGAGAGGCAAGCGCUAAUAAUGAAAACUCAUUAAAGCGUACGGACUCUGUCCUUAAUUCAGAUGAGGAUUACGAUGACAAUAACGACGAGAGUAGAAGAUUACACUUGGUAAGGACAAUCACCGCACUAUCCAGCAAAAACUCAACUGAUCAGCUCGACUCCCUUUCAAAACAUAUCUCACGUCAAAUCACCAAUAAGGAUGGCCAAUUCGCCUUGAAAAUGGAGGAGUUUAGUCUUCUUCGUAUCUUGUCGAACUUUGUCUACUUUGCAAAGAAACAAGGGUUGGCAAUGAGAUGCAGUGGUGUAUCAUUUCAAGACCUUUGCGUUUAUGGAAACGACGAAUCAUUUGCCAUUGUUCCUACUGUACUUGACUUACUCAAAGGACCCGUUGGUGGCAUACAACAAGCAGUUUCCAAAAUGAGGACCCCGAAAAAGACAAUUUUGAAUAAUUUAAAUGGGUUUGCCAAACCAGGGGAAAUGGUUUUGGUGUUGGGUCGUCCAGGUGCUGGUUGUACAACUUUUUUGAAGUCGUUGACUGGCACCGAUUUUGACUUGUACAAGGGAGUUGACGGGGAUAUAAGGUACGAUGGAUUGACUCAACAUGAAAUGUUAAACAACUACAAAAAUGAUUUGGUGUACAAUCCUGAAUUGGAUGUUCAUUUCCCCCACUUGACUGUGGACCAGACUUUGUCAUUUGCGAUUGGUUGUAAAACCCCCCAAAUGAGAUUAAAUGGAGUCACUCGCGAACAGUUUGUCAAUGCCAAGAAAGAAAUCUUGGCAACUGUGUUUGGAUUGAGACACACUUACCAUACUAAAGUUGGUAACGAUUUCGUUCGUGGUGUAUCUGGUGGAGAGCGAAAAAGAGUAUCAAUUGCUGAAGCAUUGGCUUGUAACGGUUCCAUAUAUUGUUGGGAUAAUGCAACAAGGGGAUUGGAUGCAUCCACAGCGUUGGAAUUUGCUCGUGCCAUACGAACAUCAACUGAUAUUUUGAGAACCACGGCAUUUGUUUCAAUUUAUCAAGCAGGAGAAAAUAUUUAUGAAUGUUUUGACAAGGUGACGGUGCUCUACCAUGGAAGACAAAUUUACUUUGGAUCUGCCAAGAAUGCUAAAAAGUAUUUUGAAGAUAUGGGAUGGGAGUGUCCUGCAAGACAAACAACCGCAGAGUUCUUAACCGCUUUAACUGAUCCAAUUGGAAGGUUUGCCAAAAAGGGGUGGGAGAAUAAAGUUCCUCAAACAGCAGAGGAAUUUGAAUUGCGUUGGUUGAAUUCUGAGGAAUACAAAAACUUACUUUUGGAGAUUCAAGAGUACAACGAUUCCAUCGAUGCCGAUGAAACUAGACAAAUGUACUACAAGUCCAUCUCGCAGGAAAAGAUGAAGGGAGCUAGAAAAAAAUCGCCCUUCACCAUAUCAUACUUGCAACAGCUAAAGUUGUGCACAAUUAGAAGCGCUCAGCAAAUUUGGGGAGAUAAAGCGUAUACAGUCACUCUUAUUGGUGCGGGAGUUAGUCAAGCUUUUGUCAGUGGUUCAUUGUACUACAACACGCCUGAAACUGUUGUUGGAGCGUUCUCACGUGGUGGUGUGGUGUUUUUUGCCGUGUUGUUUAUGGCGUUGAUGGGGUUGGCUGAGAUUUCAGCUUCAUUUAGCUCUCGUCCCAUCUUGAUGAAGCAGAAGAACUACUCAAUGUAUCAUCCUUCGGCUGAUGCCCUAGCACAAUUUGUCAUGUCUAUUCCAAUUAGUAUCCUUGUCAACAUAUUCUUUGUCAUUAUCUUGUACUUUUUGUCCAAUUUGGCUAGAGAAGCAGGAAAGUUUUUCAUUGCGUUUUUAUUCAUCACGUUGCUUCAUUUGACAAUGGGUGCUUUGUUCAAAGCUGUUGCAUCCAUUAACAAGACUAUUGCCGCCGCAAACGCAUUGGGGGGUGUGUUGAUGAUGGCGUCGUUGAUGUAUUCUUCAUACAUGAUUCAACGUCCGUCAAUGCAUCCAUGGUUCAAGUGGAUCUCAUACAUCAACCCUGUUUUGUAUGCAUUUGAAGCAGUUGUGGCAUCAGAGUUUCAUGGAAGACAUAUGCAAUGUUUGGGUCAGUAUCUUACCCCCAAUGGGCCCGGUUAUGAAAAUUUGGGCAGUGGUGAACAAGCUUGUGCUUUUCUUGGAUCGAAGCCUGGUCAAGAUUGGGUUUUGGGUGAUGAUUAUUUGAAAACCGCAUACACUUAUAGUUUCAACCAUGUUUGGAGAAACUUUGGUAUCAUUAUUGGGUUCAUGGCGUUUUUCUUGGCCAUUAAUGCAUUGGGAACUGAGUACAUCAAGCCCAUUACUGGUGGUGGAGAUAAGCUAUUGUACUUGAGGGGUAAGAUUCCUCAAAAGAUUGCACUUCCAGCUGAGAAGCAAGCUGGUGAUAUCGAGCAAGGUCCGGCAAUGAAUGAUUUAGAUGAUCGUGAAGCCAAAGUGAAUGCAAAUGACUCAGAUUUGAGAGUCAAGGAUAUUUUCCUUUGGAAGAAUGUUGAUUAUGUUAUUCCAUAUGAUGGUAAAGAGCGGAAACUUUUGGACGAUGUGAGCGGGUAUUGUAUACCAGGCACAUUGACGGCGUUGAUGGGUGAGUCCGGUGCUGGUAAAACGACAUUGUUGAAUACUUUGGCUCAGAGGAUCGAUUUUGGAACCAUUACUGGUGACAUGUUGGUGAAUGGGAAACCCCUUGAUACGUCCUUCAGUAGAAGAACUGGGUACGUUCAACAGCAGGAUAUUCAUGUUUCUGAAGUUACAGUUCGAGAGUCGUUGCAAUUUGCUGCACGGUUGAGAAGAUCAAAUGAUGUGAGUGAUGCCGAAAAGUUGGACUAUGUGGAAAAGAUUAUCGAUGUGUUGGACAUGAGUCUAUAUGCCGAUGCUGUUGUUGGGAAAUCGGGUAAUGGGCUCAAUGUUGAACAGAGGAAAAAGCUUUCGAUUGGUGUUGAAUUGGUGGCAAAGCCUUCAUUGUUACUUUUCCUUGAUGAACCCACAUCUGGUUUGGAUUCACAGUCUGCGUGGGCCAUUGUGAAAUUGUUGAGAGACUUGGCCAAUGCUGGGCAAUCAAUCUUGUGUACCAUCCAUCAACCUUCUGCCACCUUGUUUGAGGAGUUUGAUCGGUUGUUGCUUUUGAGAAAGGGAGGUCAAACUGUCUAUUUUGGCGAGAUUGGAGAUAAAUCGAAAACCAUACUAGACUACUUUGAAAGAAACGGAGCUAGACAUUGUGAAAGCACUGAGAACCCCGCCGAAUAUAUCUUGGAGGCCAUUGGUGCUGGUGCGACUGCCGCCGUUCAAGAAGAUUGGUUCAAGAUUUGGGAAAACUCACCCGAAAAGAUUAAGGAGGAUGAAAAGUUGGACAAUUUGAUUGCCGAAUUGGAGAAAAAGCCCUCUGAUUUGAGUCCUGAGGAGGAGAAACAAUUGAACCACAAGUAUGCGACUCCAUAUUUCUACCAAUUCAGAUAUGUGUUGCAUAGGAAUGCAUUGACGUUUUUCCGUGAUCCUGACUAUGUCAUGGCCAAGAUUUUCUUGAUGACGAUUGCUGGAUUGUUUAUAGGUUUCACGUUUUUUGGAUUGAAGCAUACGAAAACUGGUGCUCAAAAUGGUAUGUUUUGUUCAUUUUUGACGGUUGUUAUUUCUGCUCCCGUGAUCAAUCAGAUUCAAGAAAAGGCAAUUACUGGAAGAGACUUGUUUGAGGUUCGUGAAAAAUUGUCAAACACAUAUCAUUGGUCAUUGAUGAUUUUGUGCCAGGCAUUGAAUGAAAUGCCAUACUUGUUAGUUGGAGGUGCCAUCAUGUUUGUUUCUGUAUAUUUCCCCACACAAACAUCAACAGUUGCGUCGCAAUCCGGGAUGUUUUACUUCACCCAGGGGAUAUUUGUGCAAGCUUUUGCCGUGUCGUUUGGAUUGAUGGUGCUUUACAUUGCUCCCGAUUUGCAAAGUGCGGCGGUAUUAGUGUCGUUUUUGUAUACUUUUAUCGUUGCCUUUUCCGGGAUCGUGCAGCCAGUGAGCUUGAUGCCCGGGUUCUGGACAUUUAUGUACAAGUUGUCGCCAUACACUUACUUUAUCCAGAAUUUGGUGUCGUCAUUUUUGCAUCGUCGCGAGAUUCAUUGCAAUGAUAAAGAGAUGGCGUUUUUCAAUCCGCCUUCGGGGCAAACUUGUGGUGAGUUUGCUCAGGCAUUUGUGGAGAGAUCGGGUGGGUAUAUUGAUAAUCCAUCCGCUGAGUCAAACUGUGGAUAUUGUACGUUUUCCAAUGCUGAUCAGUACUUGGCAACCAUUGGUGCCCAUUUCUCGUUGAGAUGGAGAAAUGUAGGGUUCUUUUUUGCGUAUAUCUUGUUCAAUAUUGGUUUUUGCAUGUGUCUUUAUUAUUUGUUGAGGUACAGCAAGUUGAUGAAUAAGAUUAGCGGGGCAAUUGCUGGGUUCAAGAAGAGCAAGAAGUAG